UUUCAUUCACUGGGUGAAUACGAAAAGGCUAAAGAAUACACCGAGAAAGCACUUGCAAUCAGAAAGGAAAUUGGCGACAGAAAGGGAGAAGCAGCUGACUACGGAAACUUAGGAACAUUGUUUCAUUCACUGGGUGAAUACGAAAAGGCUAAAGAAUACACCGAGAAAGCACUUGCAAUCAGAAAGGAAAUUGGCGACAGAAAGGGAGAAGCAGCUGACUACGGAAACUUAGGAACAUUGUUUCAUUCACUGGGUGAAUACGAAAAGGCUAAAGAAUACACCGAGAAAGCACUUGCAAUCAGAAAGGAAAUUGGCGACAGAAAGGGAGAAGCAGCUGACUACGGAAACUUAGGAACAUUGUUUCAGUCACUGGGUGAAUACGAAAAGGCUAAAGAAUACACCGAGAAAGCACUUGCAAUCAGAAAGGAAAUUGGCGACAGAAAGGGAGAAGCAGCUGACUACGGAAACUUAGGAACAUUGUUUCAUUCACUGGGUGAAUACGAAAAGGCUAAAGAAUACACCGAGAAAGCACUCGCAAUCAGAAAGGAAAUUGGCGACAGAAAGGGAGAAGCAGCUGACUACGGAAACUUAGGAACAUUGUUUCAUUCACUGGGUGAAUACAAAAAGGCUAAAGAAUACACCGAGAAAGCACUUGCAAUCAGAAAGGAAAUUGGCGACAGAAAGGGAGAAGCAGCUGACUACGGAAACUUAGGAACAUUGUUUCAGUCACUGGGUGAAUACGAAAAGGCUAAAGAAUACACCGAGAAAGCACUUGCAAUCAGAAAGGAAAUUGGCGACAGAAAGGGAGAAGCAGCUGACUACGGAAACUUAGGAACAUUGUUUCAGUCACUGGGUGAAUACGAAAAGGCUAAAGAAUACACUGAGAAAGCACUUGCAAUCAGAAAGGAAAUUGGCGACAGACAGGGAGAAGCAACUGACUACGGAAACUUAGGAACAUUGUUUCAUUCACUGGGUGAAUACGAAAAGGCUAAAGAAUACACUGAGAAAGCACUUGCAAUCAGAAAGGAAAUUGGUGACAGAAAGGGAGAAGCAGCUGACUACGGAAACUUAGGAACAUUGUUUCAGUCACUGGGUGAAUACGAAAAGGCUAAAGAAUACACCGAGAAAGCACUCGCAAUCAGAAAGGAAAUUGGCGACAGAAAGGGAGAAGCAGCUGACUACGGAAACUUAGGAACAUUGGUUGUGAAGUUGGCUCAGUCUAAUUUCCAAGAAGCGUUUUCGUAUCUUUUACAAUCUGUUGAAAAAUUCGAAAAAUUGCGACACUUCGUAAAAGAUAAUGAUUACUUCAAAAUAUCUUUGUUGGAGGAGCAUGGUGCCUUUCCCUAUGAGAUACUCAGUAAAUUGGUUUCUGUUUCCGGGAAUCCUGAAGUUUCCCUUUACGUCGAAGAACUCAGACGGGCAAGAGCUCUAGCGGACUUGAUGACAGCUCAAUAUUCUGCUAAACAGCCCCAGUUUUCAGGUGAUCCACAAUCAUUGUUUAGCAUCCAUGAUAUCAUUAAAAGAGAAGCAAAUUGUACUUUUGUUUACCUUUCGGUUGAUGAUGAAGAUGUACGGAUUUGGGCUCUCAAAGCAAGCGGAGGGAUUCUUUUCCGGUGCAAAAAGGGAAUGGGUUCAGACAGUUUUGGAAAUGCCGGCUCACUCCCAAAUCCUAAAGUGCUUUUUUCGGAGAGUUUCCGCCACUUUGCCAUCCUACCCACAGAGAAUUACGAAGACCGCUCUUUAAACGACGAACCUGUUCUAAAGUUAUCUGGCGAUGUUAAGCGAUCGCCUCCAUCUCACGAUGAAACUGAAGAUAUGAAAACAUGUCUGCGUUUGUUCCACAAAAUAAUUAUCGCUCCCGUGGCCGAUAUUUUGAAAGAGCCUGAAAUUAUCAUUGUCCCUGACAGCUGCAUGUAUCAAGUGCCAUUUGCAGCCUUACUUGACGAGGGAGGAAGAUAUUUGUCUGAAGAAUUCAGGAUCCGCAUCGUUCCUUCCUUGACGGUCCUUAAGGUCAUUCAGGAUAGUCCUUCAAACUAUCACAGUAACACUGGGGCACUGAUAGUGGGUGGACCUGAGGUGAGAGAAGUGAUUUACAAGGGAAAGCAAAUGAUCCUUGAUCCAUUACCAGGUGCAAGAAAAGAAGCUGAAAUGAUUGGAAAAAUGCUUGGCAUCAUCCCAUUGUUAGGGAAAGAUGCAACAAAGGAGGCGGUUCUUGAACAGAUGAAGUCAGUUGCGUUGAUACAUUUUGCUGCUCACGGAAAUCCCGAUCGAGGAGAAAUAGCACUUUCCCCCGUCAGUACUACUAACAAUACUCCACAGGAAGAGGAAUACCUUUUGACGAUGGCUGACAUAUCAAAAGUUAAACUUCGAGCUAAACUGGUAGUUCUAAGCUGUUGUCACAGUGGGUGCGGAGAGAUUAAAGUCGAAGGAGUAAUUGGAAUCGCUCGAGCGUUCUUAGGAUCCGGUGCUCGGUCGGUGUUAGUGGCGCGGUGGGCCUUGGACGACGAAUCAACGGAGCAGUUCAUGAAAUGUUUCUACGAACACUUGUUCCGUGGUGAGAGUGCCAGUGAAUCUCUUCACGAGGUCAGAAAGUGGAUGAGAGGUAACUCCAAGUAUUCUGAAGUGAAGAAAUGGGCUACGUUCAUGCUGAUUGGAGAUAAUGUGACAUUGAGGAAAGAAGACAUAAUCUGCAAGGUUCAAAACUGAUCAGCAAAUCCUGUACCCUGAGUGAAGCUGACUUCUUUGAAGACCAUCAUCUUUGCCUCUACCGUAUGAAACAGAACGUUUCGUUGGAUAAAACCGAUUUUUUUCUUUUUUUUUAGCAAAGCAGUUAAUAGUAUUAAGGAUUUCUCUUUAGCAGUCAGGCAUGUUUGUCACUUAGAUGUUAGGACUAAUUUUUGUGAGAGGCCUUCUAUUGUCUACUCAGUCUGAGCAAUAAGUUUUUACAACUGGGACGAGUCAGUAACUUUUGAAUAAUCUAACGAAAAGGUUAUCAUUGUGAUUUAUGAACCAGAAUAGUUCUUCAGCCUUCUCACAAAGAAAAAUAACCGAUAACUAGAAAUUUAGGAUGAAAUAUUUUUUCCAGAGGUUUUCCAGUAUACGUUUUUUCAUUCUGUAAACGAGAUGCCUUGAAAUAUUAGACUUUUUAAGGCUGGAACGAACUUUGGAAUCGAUUCGUCCAAAAAAUGCAUGGUUCGUUAGUUUAGCUAGUCAUUGUAGAAUUUUAGAAUACUUUAGAAGUUAACCCCAUCUACAUAUGAAUCAUGGGGCCAGCGAUACAACUGGACAAUUCAAUCAUCAAGUACUAAUUUUGUUCAACAGGUCACUCGACCAUUCUGUUUUUAUUGUAAUGAGUCAGAUUGGAGUUUCCGGUACCUUGAAUAAAAGCUAGUUAAUUUUUUACCUCAUUGUAGGACUAGUUACAAUAAGGAAGCUGAGCCCAGCUAUAUAUCGAACAAGGGGCCAGAAAUUCAAUCAUAGUAUUCUGUUAUCAAAUACAGAUUUUGUUGAAUGGGUCACUGGACCAUUCGUUUUAAUUGUCAUCGGUUACAUUUUAAUUUCUUAUAUCAUAAAUAAAAGCACAUGUUACCCGGACAUAAAGUUUUAGUUUUUGUCAUUAAUUUCGCUCUGUAGUCGAGAUAAUUUUAACGAAGCCGUGUAUUUCGUCGGGUCUUUACCAA